AUUUAAGAAUAUCAAGAGAAGAUAUGUCUGAAGAAAAUAAGGAAGAAGUUAAGGGAACAACUCAUACUGAUGAAGAUCAAUACCACCAUGGGUUCGGAAAUCAUUUUGAAUCUGAGGCUAUCGAAGGAGCCUUGCCAAAACACAGAAAUAACCCUCAGCAAUGCAAAUUUGGAUUAUAUGCAGAACAACUCUCUGGGACUCCUUUCACAUAUCCAAGAGCUAAGAUGCAAAGGAGUUGGUUGUAUAGAAUAAUGCCAACAGUAGCUCAUCCUCCUUACAAAGCUCUGAAGGAUUACAAUAACUUGUGGAUCGCUAACUUCGCUAGAGAUGAUGAUGAGGAAGUAUUUACCACUCCUCAGCAAAUGAGAUGGACUCCCAUUGAUCUUCCUUCUGAAGAGAUCACAUUCGUGCAGGGUAUCCAAACAGUAUAAC